AUGGCAGCACAGCAACCUCAUACGAGGCGUACCUCAUUUACCACCCAGAAACGUGAUCUGAAUUUUCAUCAAUUUCUCAGGCCCAAUUCGACCGAUUUCAGUUCCCCAGCUACAACUGUUGCUGUGGACGUUACUAACACAAGCAAUCUAAAGGUAGGCCCAAGCAGUGGCCAACCUAGACGUGAAUCCUUUCUUUAUCGGCCAUCAAUCGACGAACGUGAACUCAAUCGUUCCGCUUCACGUACUUCAUCGAUCACCUCUAUUGCAGCACAGUAUGGCGAAGAUUUGAUCGUUACACCAUUUGCACAAAUUUUAGCCAGUUUACGAAAUGUACGGAAUAAUUUGAUUUUAAUUGCAAAUGUCCCAGCGGAUGAGAGUCGUCCAAGACCAAUUCCAAAACGACCGCCACUUCAUAGCACACCGUUACCGGCUGAUGUUAUUCAGUGUGGCCAAGAUACUCUCGAUGAAUUGGAUUGGUGUUUGGAUCAAUUGGAAACUAUCCAAACCCAUCGAUCUGUAUCAGAUAUGGCAUCUAGUAAAUUUCGUAAAAUGCUCAACAAAGAGCUUGUACACUUUGCGGAAUCAUCUAAAUCGGGUACACAGAUAUCACAAUUUCUUAUCAAUACUUAUAUGGAUAAGGAUGAUGACGAUGUAUCACAAAAUUUAAGGGUACCGGAUGAAACAGCAUCUACUUCUUCCUUAGAUAAUGUUUCAAUAUCAUUGUUGGGUAAAGCUAAGACGGCGGCAAUGUCACGAAUUAUUGGCAUACGUAAGCUAAAAUCGCCCCGCGGUGGUCAUAUACCAGAAUAUGGCGUUGAUGGUCACAAAGAAUUAGAAGUUUAUAUGCAAAAGCUUGAUGAAUGGGGCCCAAAUGUAUUCAAAAUACAAGAAUUCAGUAAAGGACAUUCGCUUACUUCUAUUACUUUCACUAUUAUGGAAAAACGUGGUUUAUUGAAAACAUUUGAAAUUCCAUCAAGUAUUUUGUUAAAUUAUUUACUACAUUUGGAGCAUCACUACAGGGAUAAUCCUUAUCAUAAUCAAGUUCAUGCUGCUGAUGUCACUCAAUCUGUCAACGUUCUCAUCUCAUCACCAGCUCUUCAGAAUGUUUUCUCGGAAUUAGAAGUAUUAGCAUCGAUAUUUGCUGGUGCUAUACAUGAUGUUGAUCAUCCCGGUUUUACUAAUCAUUACCUCAUUAAUACUAAUUCGGAAUUAGCUAUAAUGUAUAACGAUGAAUCAGUGCUUGAACAACAUCAUUUAGCAGUUGCAUUCAAAUUAUUGCAAGAUUCUAACUGUAAUUUUAUCGUUUCACUUAAUAAAAAACAACGUCAAUUAUUCCGAAAGCUUACAAUUGAAAUGGUAUUAGCGACAGAUAUGUCAAAGCAUAUGAGUAUAUUAGCUGAUUUAAAAACUAUGGUUGAAGCAAAAAAAGUCGCUGGUUCAUCAGUUUUAACAUUGGAUAAAACUGAUCGCAUACAGGUUAUGCAAACAAUGAUUCAUCUGGCAGAUUUAUCAAAUCCAACAAAACCAAUCGAUUUAUAUAGUAUUUGGGUAAAAAAUAUAAUGGAAGAAUACUGGAGACAAGGUGAUAGGGAACGAGAUUUAGGUAUUGAUAUUUCACCGAUGUGUGAUCGAAAUAAUAUAACGAUCGCAAAAUCUCAGGUUGGCUUCAUUGAUUUUAUCGUGCAUCCAUUAUUUGAAACAUGGGCAGAUUUGGUAAAUCCACAUGCACAAUAUAUACUUGAUCAACUUGAAUUUAAUCGUGAAUGGUAUCAAACUCGUAUACCGGAAGAGCAAGAGAAGCAUGAUGUAAUGAUCGAGGAAAAUGAUGCAAAUGUUGAAAGUACGACAAUUUUUCAGUCAUCACAGCAGCAAUCUUCUCCAAAUGAAAUCAGCGAUUCUACCAAAGAAACGAAAGAAUGA